AUGGCGGCGAAGCAGAAAGCGGGUCGGAGGGCGGCUCCUGGUCCGGGCCGCGGGACUGAGGGGGAGGCCGAGCAGGUACUGCCGCUCCAAGCGGUGCUGGUGGCAGACAGCUUCAAUCGGAGGUUCUUCCCCAUCACCAAGGACCUGCCCCGGGCCUUGAUCCCUCUUGCGAACGUGGCAAUGAUUGACUACAGCCUGGAGUUCCUUACAGCGACAGGUGUCCAGGAAACCUACAUCUUCUGCUGUUGGAUGGCCCAGAAAAUCAAGGAACACAUUCAGAAAUCGAAAUGGAGUUGUUCCACAUCACCAAACACCAUCCACGUCAUGAGCUCUGAGUCCUACCGAUCAUUGGGAGAUGUCUUGAGGGAUGUGGAUGCAAAGUCACUACUUCGCUCAGACUUCAUAUUAAUUUAUGGAGAUAUUGUGUCAAAUAUCAAUGUGUCUAAAGCAUUGGAGGAACAUAAGGCACGGCGAAAGCUGGAGAAGAAUGUAUCUGUUAUGACAAUGAUUUUCAAAGAGUCAUCGCCAGGGCACAGGACAAGGUGUAAAGAGGAUGACAUCAUUGCAGUCAUGGACAGCAAAACAAGCCGUGUGCUGCAUUAUCAGAAAGCCCAUAAUCUGAAGAAAUUCCGAUUUCCCAUGCACAUGUUCCACAGCAGCACGGAUGAGAUUGAAAUCCGCCAUGAUCUUCUGGACUGUCAUAUAAGCAUCUGUUCACCACAGGUUGCAGAGCUGUUCACUGAUAACUUUGACUACCAAACCAGGGAUGACUUUGUGCGUGGGAUACUUGUUAAUGAAGAGAUUUUAGGUAAUCAGAUUCACAUGCACGUGACGUCUGAUGAAUAUGGAGUGCGGGUCUCCAAUCUGCUCAUGUAUGAGGCUGUGUGUUCAGAUAUUAUCCGUCGCUGGGCUUACCCUUUGACGCCGGAGAUGAACUUCUCGGAAGAUGAGAAAGGAUUCAGUGUUCAUCUGCGGCACAAUGUCUACCGAGGGUCAGAGGUCAGCCUGGGCCAGGGAAGUGUGGUUGAAGAAAAUGUAGUGAUCGGCCGAGGCACCAUAAUUGGGACUAACUGCUUCAUUUCCAACAGUGUGAUUGGCUACAACUGUGUUAUAGGAGACAAUGUGAAACUGGAUCAGGCGUACAUCUGGAAUAAUGUCCACAUUGGAGAUGGGGUGGAUAUCUACAGAUCAGUUGUGUGCAGUGAUGUGGAGGUCAAACCUAAAGUCAGAUUAAAUGAGCGUUGUGUUUUGGCAUUUAACGUAGUUGUGGGGCCUGAUGUGUCACUUCCAGAAGGUACUGUGAUCUCCAUGCAUUUACCAGAUGAGGAAGAAGAAGACGAUGAGUUCAGUGAUGAUGCAGGAAUGAACCAUACACCCAUAAAAGCGAAGGUGAAAGGCUACAAUCAAGCUGAAGUGGGGUCACAGGGUGUGGGAUAUAUCUGGACGGCUGCUACCGAGAAUGAGAUUGAAGAUGAUGAACUGGUGCAGAAUAUAUGGGGUCUCAGCUUAAAGUCUGAAUCUGGGAGUGAGAGUGACAGUGAGAUGAGUGUUAGCUCACAAGAGGUAGAUAGUCGAAGUGUCUCGCCUCAGCUGGAUGAUGUAAAAGUUUUUCAGAAUGAAGUUCUAGGCACGUUGCAACGAGGCUUAGAAGAAAAUAUUUCAUGUGACCAUCUUGUACUCGAGAUCAACUCUCUCAAGUAUGCUUAUAACAUCUCCAUGAAAGAUGUGACACAGAUCACCACUAAGGUGAUCCUGGAAAUACCCCUGCAACAGCAUGGCUCUGAAAUCUCAGCCAGCCAGUACAGCAACACUCUAAUAUUGCAUCUGAAGAAGUGGGCUUUCGUUUUGAAGAAUUAUAUCAAGCGGGCUACAGAUCACCAGAACUGCUUAGCUGCUUUUGAGGAGUUUUUCACAGAACAUGAAGUGUUCUGGCCUGCCCUUGUCAAGGCACUGAUGACAUUGUACCAGCUGGAAGUAUUGGUUGAAGAAACCAUCCUGGGUUGGUUCUCUCAGAAUGUGCCUACAGAGAAAGGAAGAAAAAUUAGAAAACAUCAAGGGCUCCUGAAGUUCAUCAAGUGGCUUGAAGAGGCUGAGGUGGAGUCCUCUGAGGAUGAGAAUUAAUGCGUCGUACCAAAUCACGGGGACCUUUCACAGAUGUCAGCAUCCCUGGUGUCUGAAGUGUUCAGUCAGGUCGACCACACGUGAAACUCGUUCUGUUUGUUGCGAGGAGUGAAAGAAUUGAGAAGUGUGAAAGGCCGUGAUCAGAUGGGAAUGGUCUCUGGCCGUUUGACAGCUCCUGCCAAUUUUUGUGCUUUGAAAACAUUUUAAAACUGACGUGGUCUUUCACACUGGAGCCCUUUUUGUUUAAAUUGCAAAACAUGGGAUCAAAGUCACCACACCCUGCUCAGUCCUUGGAAUGGAUUUGGACUCCUCUUAUUCAGGCUGAGUACACAACACAAAGCAUCCUCUCAUUCUCAACCAACUUCUCCGAUUUGUUCUGAGAAGUCACAGCCUGGCUGGCAUAGAAAGAGGAAAACGUACAACUCUAAUGAAGCAAAGGGAUGCAACAUAUUAUCACAGUGUAAAGGUUUACUUUGCAUCUAACCCUGUGUUGUACCUGUCCUGUGAAUAAUGUAGAGGGAGCUUUAUUCUGUACCUAACCCAGUGCUGUACCUCCCCUUGGAACGUUUGAUGGGAACAGUAUAAUUUUACUCUCAGCUGUGUCAAAAGUAUUUGACAAGACUAAAUUAAGUGAACUUACUAAACACAUGCUGUACCAAGGUCAGGUUGUUGUAGAGAAUUUUGUUGUGUAUCUAAGCUACAAAAUACCGAAUUUGAGUGGCUUGACCACUGCUGAUAAUUACAAAAACAAUGUUCUGUUCCUAGUAGGAUCAUUCCUUGCUUUGAGGAGAGUAAAAAUUAAUUUAAUUGAAAGAAAAUGUGACUGGGUUUUUCGCAGGGUGGACAGGGAAUUUAAAUCGAAAGCCCCUCACUGGUCCUCUUUUGGAAAUAUCUCCCUGUACUCGUUACUGAGUGGAGAAUAGAACAGCAUUGUUCAGGGAAUCAUUCAUCUUCCAACAUCCCCUGGAGGAACUAGCUUUGUGAUUAACUCAGUCUCCCUCUGCUCCAUAUGCUGCUGAGAGAUUCACAGCAGGCACAAGGCAAAGUUAACGAAUUUUCCAUGGUCCCAGGAUUACUCCAGUCAUCUUUGACAAUGAAGUGGAGCAUGAUCAUUGCAAAGUUUCCACUAUAUAUGGUCAAACUAAGCCAUAGCUAUAUUCUCAAAGAAUCGUAACAAUGUGGAAGCAGACUAUUCAGCCCAUUGACUCCACAAUGACCCUCAGAGGAGGAUUCCACCUUAAUCCCUGUAACCCUGUAUAUCCCACCUAACCUACACAUCCCCGAACACUAUGGGCAAUUUUGCACGGCCAAUCCACCUAACCCGUAUAUCCUUUGACUGUGGGAGGAAAUCUGAGCACCUGGAGGGUAUCCAUGCACAUGCAGGGAGACUGUGCAAACUCCACAAAGUCACCUAAGGGUAGAUUCAAACCUGGGUCCCUGGUGCUGAGACACAGCAGUGUUAACCACUGAGUCACUAUCUCACUGCUGACAUGAUUGUGGUAUCUCCAAAUAUAACUAUUUUCAAUGGACAACAGCUUUUUCAUUGGCUGAAUGAUUUUAAAAAAAACUAUACUAGGUCAAAGACCCUGGGGUGUUCUUCCAGUCUAGGCUGAGCAUGUGGAUCCUGGAACAGCAUAAAGGCAGCUAAAUGAACAUUCAUGCAGGGCUGAAAACAUUUUCAUUUGAGGUCUCCUCUUGAGGUUUUUUUGGAGGGUUGUGUCUUGAUUAUAAUUCUAACAUUUUCUCGA